AUCGUUGAUUUGUGAUUUUGUGUUUGUCAUUUGUCUGAGUUAGUGUCAGGAAUGGAAGUUACUUUGCCUGAUGAAAUGUUUUAAAAUGUUUUGGAAAAUUAUUGAUGUGGAUAUUGUGCAUAUCGUAUAGUUGCUGGUAUUUGUGGUUACAUAUAUUCGGUUUAGGUGUGCUUUACAGCGAGUACAUUGUUACAUGAAUUAUUGUUCGUGCGUUCAAUUGCGUAUCUGAUUCUAGCGUUGAAAGGGCCUAGCCAUGAUUGAUUUGACUGUGAAAACACUCGAUUCACAGAAUCACCCAUUUUCUGUUCCUGAUGAUACCACAGUGAAGCAGUUGAAGGAGAGAAUAGCAGAGACCAUCAACGUACCGGUCGACGUACAGCGUAUGAUCUAUUGUGGUCGGGUCCUGCAGGAUGAGAAAGCACUCAGCGAAUAUGACGUGAACGGCAAGGUGAUCCACCUGGUGCAGCGGCCGCCCCCGCAGCCCGGCGCUCCGCCCCCGGGGCCCGACCAGCCGAGCCGCGCGGGGCCCAGCCCCCCAGGGCGCCGCGCCGCGCGCCACCCGCGCAUCGACGGCAACGCCAUGUACCUGGGCGCCAUGGCCUUCCCCGCGGACCUCAUGGACGCCCAAGGCAUCCAGCCGCCGCAGCCCUCGCACAGCCUGUCGCGCAGCCGCCUGACGCUGGCCAUGCAGAUGCUGACGCGCGCCAAGGCCACGCUCACCAAGCUGGAGAGUCCCGAGGGCCAGGAGUCGCCCGGGGCAGAGACCCCUCCCGAGGAGCCGGACGAGGGCGAGCCGGGUGGCCAGCCGGAAGGCGGCGUGCCCGAGGCGCCCGAGGCGGCCUCGACGAGCGGGCUGAGCCAGGCGGCGGCGGCCAUCGCGGCGGCCGUGUCUGCCUCGCAGGCCUCGGGCGUGCCGAGCAUCACCAUCGUGCGCGGCGGGGAGGAGCGCGACGUGCCGACGGCUCCCCCGCCCGCCGGCGAGGACCUGGACGUGUCAGAGCGGGAGGAGGUGGUGCCAGAGGGGGAGGGGCAGGGCCCCCAGCCCCCCGCCGAGGACCGGGCGUCGCCCCCGCACGCCCCCGUCAUGGCGGGCGUGAUGGACGAGCUGGGCGCAGUGCAGGAGCGCCUGCUGCCCUUCCUGCAGCAGUACCACCGGCUGAUGCGCGACGACCCCGCCUACGACGACGUGAGUGGGGUUACCAGACACUACGACGACGCAAGUGAGGCCAGGAGCGCUCAGCGAGUGUUCUUCCUGGUGUCUGAGGUGAUGCACUUCCUGUCGCACGCCUACCACGCGAUGAGCGACAUCAUGUGCGACUUCAGCUCCCCGCCGCCGCGCAUCCUGCGCUGCCGCCCGGUGCUCAUCCAGCACUCGGCCGUGCUGCAGGCCGGCAUCCCCAUCCAGGCCCAGUUCAACCUGGUGGCGAACCGCGGGACCAACACGGGCAACGGGCAGUUCGUGAUGCGCGACGCAGACAGCACGACGGAGGCCCCGGCCGCGCAGGCGCAGACGCAGGCGCCGGCCGGCGCGGCGGAGGCCAGCGACGUUCCCCGGGGCCCCGGCGACGACGCCCCGGUCCCCCGCGAGAACGGGGGCGGAUCGUCUCCCCCCUCGGAGGCUCCGGGCGACGGGGAGAACCUGGCGCGGUCGCGCACGCGCGGGCUGAACGGCUCGUUCCGCCCGCGCAACUCCGGCCGCAGCGGCGCCGCGCAGAGCCGCGCCAGGACGCCUCGCACCGUCGGGGGAACGUUCUUCUCGCCGCAGUCCUUCAGCAUCUCGCCGGCGGACGUGGAGGUGUUCAUGGAGGUGGGGCCGUCCAGCAUCACCAUCGACUCCAUGGAGACCCGGGUCCUGGACGGCAGCGUCAUGGGCGGCGGGGGCGAGCAGGCCGCGGGGGCCAACUUCCCGGCGCCGGAGUUCAUCCAGAACCUGAUGCAGGCGAUGGCGGGCCACGUGAUGGGGCGGGUGGGGACGCCCGUCGGCACGGCGGCCGCCGCCCCCGUGACGGCCUCGGCCUCUGGCACGGCCUCGGGCGCGCAGGCGCAGGCGCAGGCCGGCCAGAACAGCCAGGCGCGCGGCAACACGGCGACGCACCCCACCACGGCCACGCAGACUCGCUCCACCUCCCGCCCGCACGUGCAUCUCGCCCCGUCCGCCGUGCACUCCGCGCUGGGGACAAGCAACUUCGACCCGUUCCUGCCGUGCAACUCGCACCACAUCAGGAGCGGGCGGCGGCGGCUUCGGGCCCCGCGGCUGGGCCCCGCGGUGACCUUCACCACGGACCGGUCCCCGCGCGGCGCCGGCGGGAACGCCCAGCAGCCGGAGCAGGCGGCGCGGGCGGCCGAGACCCCCCCUCCGCCUCCCCCCGCCGCCCAGGCGCAGCCCCCGCCCGCGCCCCAGCCCAACCUGCUGGGCUUCCUGGACGUGUUCGGGGGCCUGGCGGCCAACAUCGCGGCGGAGGGGGCCGGCGGGCCGCCGGGCGAGGAGGGGGCGUCUGGCCUGGCCCAGCUGCUGCGGGGGCUCCUGGGCGCGACGCCGGACAACACGUCCGGGAUGCAGUCUCUCCUUCAGGGGCUACCGUUAUUUCAGGUAUUCUCGGGAGGUGCUGAGGGCCAGACCCCGUCAUUAGUGGAUCUGCUGCAGAGUUUCGCGGCCCAGCCGGAGAGCGAAGGAGAGCACCUGCUAACAGACUUCAUGAUGACUCUGGCCCGCGGGCUGACCUUCCAGGACCUGUGCCUGCUUCGCGCCGGCGACACCCGGCCCCUGCAGGCGCUGCGGCCGCAGCUGCGGGAGUUCGCGGAGACCCGAGUGCUGCAGGGGGAGGCCCCCUCCUCGGAGAGCGUGGCGCGGGGCGUGGACCGUCUGCUGGGGCUGCUUCGCCCGCACUUCGACACGCUGCUGGAAGCCCGUAUCAGGGAAGACGUAGACAUAAUCUCAACUGUGAACCUCUACCAUCAAGUCCGUCUUCCUGAGAUCUUGGAACUUUUCACCAGCGAAGGGGAGAACGGCAACUUCGGCAGCGCCACGGCGGCGUGGUGGAGGCAGUACACCCAGGAGCUGCAGGCGAUCCUGCUGUACUGCUGCGUGGACAAGGCCCAGGGACUGGAAGCCAUCGUGCGGAGCUACGUGAUGCAGAUAACGCAGGGGGUGAGCCCGCUGAUCCAGCAGACGACGGUGAACUGCUGCCUGGGCUUCGUGCGCGGCUCGGUGGCCCAGCUGGCGAUCGGCCCCGAGGAGAUACAGCCCUACGUCGUGUACCGCAUGGGCUCGGCCGACACCCAGCAGGCGUCUGUGCCCCCGGAGCAGCAGAUGGAGACGGACGUGGAGGUUGACACGGACGCCGCGCAGGGGGCACAGCCGGCGCCGGAGGUUCGCGACGAAGUGCCGGAGGUCCCGGAGGUGCUGCUGGGCUCCGAGGCCUGGCACGGCCAGGUGCCGUCGGAAUGGGUUCCCAUCAUAUCUCGGGAUGUCCAGCGGCAGCGCAGGCAGGGUUCCCAACCGCCCUUCAGCGACGCAUACUUGUCCGGCAUGCCGUCGAAGCGACGCAAAGUGGUCACAUCGGCAAAACCUCAGGGGAACCUUAACCAAGCUAUUACAGACACGGUGCGCAGCGCCAUAGAGACGGCGGGCGUGGGGCCGGGCCCCUUGAGGGAGGUGGCCAGUCAGGCGGCCGGCAGUGAUCCGGCCAUCCAGGCAGCGUAUGCGGACCGCGUGCGCUCGCUAGUGCAGGACCGCCUCGCCGCCAGCCCGGACUUCUCGUCCGACAGGUUCCCCAACACCGCCAAGUACUUCUCCAAGUAGUGCCACCUUCGCAUCAUGUAACACGAAUUAUUAAACAAAUUUAUCGUAGGUUCUAAGACUUUUGAGUUUUAGGCAUAUUGUUUUUGUUGUCAAUUGUUUUUUUCUAUCACCGUGUUGUUGGUUUACAGCUGCGCGGCUUUCGCAUGGUUUUAUAACUGCAGUGUUAAUUACGUGUCUAGCCAUCGUACUGAUUUUGUUUCCUACAGGCACAUUUUUAUAGUAUUGUAAAAUGGUGUCUGUUUGACUCUUGUGUAUAUGUUGAGUGAAAUCAUAGUGUCUAGUGCAGGGUCCAUGGUUUAAAACAAUCGUGUAACUGUAAUAAUGGAGAGAGAAGGGUUUUAUGGAGGAAUGAGUGUAAGUGACAUCAUGAUGAGUGAUUUCAAGAAACUAGCUAGUAAUUUUUGCCACACCUGUAAUUUGGCAGCACAUAUAAUGCCACUGGAAUACACAUGUAUGUUUAGGAGCAGUUUGAAUGGUAGAAGCACUCUGGAACCUAUGUUGACUGGUCAGGCACACCUCUGUGAUGUUAAGCUCGCAGCGUUGGGCUCAGUGUCUGAUUGGCAAGUGCCGAGGCCUCUUGUCAGGUAUCACAGACAUGUGUUUACUGGUUAUGUAUGAUCUUCUGACUCAUGAGUUACUUUAUUGCAAGGAAGCGGUUAUAAAAUUUGAUGUCAAACAGAUUUUCUCUGCCUCAUUUUUUUUUUGGUUGUCCUUUAUAUUUUCGACCUGCUUCCUGUGAUACAAUAUACUUGAUAUAUUACGCACUAUGAUUGUCUCUUUAGAGUAUCAUCUAUAAGUUAUCUUUACCAUUCACUGGAAAUGUAUGAAUUGAUUAAUAAAGUCUCUAUAUAUAUCA